AUGAUCGCUUUAGAAGCGGAACAGUCCAUUACGACAGAGGAACUUAUGCCUAAACCGGACUCUGCCACAGCCCAUCCGCAGAGAACACUGACAAGAUCCAGUGCGGUCAGUCAAAAAUCUGUAGAAAUUAUGGUGCACCCGGAAGGCUCCAACAACCCUCUGCAUAGAUCGAAAUUAGCUCCUACCAGGUCGUCAUCAGAGACGCAAUCCUCGGGCAAAAAAAUCAUAAAUUUGAGAAAAACCAAAAACUCAUCAAUAGAAUCAACAAUGAGCUUACCUAAUCAGAAAUCCUUAGAAAAGAAACACGGUGGGCUAAGACAUCAGAAAGCGGUAGUUGCUGCACAUUCUGAUAUAACUUUAAGCACUCAGCCUUCCAUAACGGACGACAGGAAAGCACUGAGGGAGGCGCUGUACCAGGGUAUCUUCCACAGGCACAGGAGGACGAUAUUUGCGGUGGGCUCGUUCCUGAGGAUGCUGAGAAGCAAAACGUCCAACUACGAUUCCAUACGGUCUGACUCCGACGAGAUAUAG